UGCUGCUGAAGCAAACGCCGUCGCCUUCCUUAAUUAACCGCGGCUUUUCACCUGCACAGCACGAAUACCGCGCGUCCCGAGCGCUGCUUAAGCAAAGGCUUAUUUUGGCAAAGACAACUAGCGCUUUGUGGUGACGACACGCCGGGGGAGCACCCUCCCCACCUCGUACCCUUUCCCCGCUGCCGCUCGGGCCGCCCUCCCGCCGGCCGGGGCGGGGCUGGGUUUGAAUGUCGCGGCGGGAAGAUGGCGGCGGGACCGCCCCGGGCUCUGCCUCCGCCGCGGCCGCGGGGCUUCGCGGCGGCCGCUCCCGCAGGCAGGGGGAGGCCGAGCCGCCCUGCUCCGCCGCUCCCCGGCCGGCCGUGCUGAGCCCCCCGCCUGGCCUCGACCUCUCCCUGCGCAGCAGCGGCUCGGCAGGUCAAUAUCAGCAGGUAAAUGUUCCUGAAGACCAAGCAGACAAGUUGCUCCUUGCAAGCUGGGGUCUUCCCAAAGCAGUUCUGGAAAAAUACCACAGUCUGGGAGUAGUACAGAUGUUUGAAUGGCAAGCAGAAUGCCUAAUGCUUGGAAAAGUUCUGGAAGGGAGGAACCUAGUUUACUCAGCUCCUACCAGUGCUGGAAAGACUCUUGUUGCAGAAUUGCUUAUUUUGAAGCGAGUCCUGGAGACUCGUAAGAAAGCUCUUCUCAUCCUUCCCUUUGUUUCUGUGGCCAAGGAGAAGAAAUGUUAUCUACAGUCCCUGUUUCAGGAGGUGGAUGUGACAGUUGGAGGCUACAUGGGAAGCAUGUCUCCAGCUGGACGUUUCUCUGCUCUGGAUGUUGCUGUCUGCACCAUCGAGAAAGCCAACGGACUAAUCAAUAGGCUAAUAGAAGAAAACAGAAUGGACUCACUGGGAGUGGUGGUUGUGGACGAGUUGCACAUGCUGGGAGACUCUCAUCGAGGAUAUCUGCUGGAACUUCUCCUGACCAAAGUCAGAUAUGUUACAGAGAAGGUAGCAAAACGAGAGGUGAAGAUGACCAGUCCUGGUUUUGGUGGGAUACAGAUAGUAGGCAUGAGUGCUACUCUCCCUAAUUUGGGACUCCUAGCCUCGUGGUUAGAUGCAGAGCUAUACUGUACAGAUUUUCGCCCUGUGCCCCUCAAGGAGUGGGUGAAAAUUGGCAGCAACAUAUAUGACUCCUCCAUGAAUUUAGUGCGAGAAUUCCAGCCCAAGCUUCAACUGAAGGGAGAUGAAGACCAUGUUGUGAGCCUGUGUUAUGAGACUGUUUGUGGUGGCCAUUCAGUCCUGCUUUUCUGUCCAUCCAAGAACUGGUGUGAGAAGCUGGCAGACAUCAUUGCCAGGGAGUUCUACAGUUUGCAACAAGCUGACAGUUCUGUGAAAAACUCCACCCUGGUCCCAGUUGUUGUGGACAGAGAAGGGAUCAAUGAGGUUCUGGAUCAGCUAAAGCGUUCUGUCUCAGGUCUGGAUUCUGUGCUCCAGCGUACUUUGCCAUGGGGAGUGGCAUUUCAUCAUGCAGGUCUUACUUUUGAUGAACGGGACAUUAUUGAAGGAGCCUUUCGCCAAGGCCUGAUUAGAGUCCUGGCAGCAACCUCCACGCUCUCAUCUGGAGUGAAUUUACCCGCGCGCCGAGUAAUUAUACGAACACCCGUGUUCGGUGGCAGACUGCUGGACAUUCUCACUUACAAGCAGAUGGCUGGAAGGGCUGGCAGGAAAGGAGUAGACACAGAGGGUGAGAGCAUUUUGGUUUGCAAGCCCUCAGAAAGAUCGAAAGGAACUGCUCUGCUUCAGGGAUCUCUCAAGCCUGUUUGCAGCUGUUUGCUUAGAAGAGAAGGGGAAGGUGUUGCUUCUAGCAUGAAAAGAGCAAUACUUGAGAUCAUAGUGGGGGGAGUGGCCAACACUCCAGAUGAUGUGCAGACCUAUGCUUCUUGCACUCUGCUUGCAUCCAGCUUGAAAGAAAGCAAGUGGGAAAAUGAGAAAGAACAAGACAAAGCACAGGCUGGACCUAUUGAGGCUUGUGUGACAUGGUUGCUGGAAAAUGAAUUCAUUCAGGUUCUGGACUCUGGCAAUGAUGUGAAAGCAAAGGUUUAUCACCCAACACAUCUUGGCUCAGCUACUCUUUCCUCUUCUCUUUCACCAACUGAAGCCAUGGAAAUCUUUGCUGACCUGCAGCGAGCUAUGAAAAGCUUUGUUCUGGAGAAUGAUCUGCAUAUUGUCUAUUUGGUCACCCCAGUGUAUGAGGAGUGGACCACAAUUGAUUGGUACCAGUUUUUCUGCUUAUGGGAGAAGCUUCCUGCCUCAAUGAAACGUGUGGCUGAGCUGGUGGGGAUUGAAGAAGGCUUUCUAGCUCGUUCUGUAAGAGGCAAAAUCAUAGCUAAAACAGAGAAACAGCACAGACAAAUGGCCAUCCACAAAAGGUUUUUCACCAGUCUUGCCCUUCUGGAUUUAAUCAGCGAGGUUCCCUUAAACGAUAUGACCAAGAAAUAUGGCUGUAGUCGUGGCCAGCUUCAAUCCUUGCAGCAAUCUGCUGCCACUUAUGCAGGAAUGAUAACAGUUUUCUGUAAUCGACUGGGCUGGCACAACAUGGAGCUGUUGCUCUCUCAGUUCCAGAGUCGCCUCACUUUUGGGGUUCAUAGGGAGCUUUGUGACCUGGUACGAGUAUCUCUGCUGAAUGCACAGCGUGCCAGGACACUUUACAAUGCUGGCUUUGUCACCGUGGCUGAUCUUGCUAAAGCCAGUCCUGAUGAUGUGGCAGCUGCUCUGAAGAAUUCAGUGCCAUUCAAAAGUGUUCGUAGGGCUGUGGAUGAAGAUGAAGAAUCGGCAGAGGAACGUCGGACUGUGCGCAGCAUCUGGAUGGCUGGAAUGAAAGGCUUAACUGAAAGAGAAGCAGCUUCUGUCAUUGUGGAGGAAGCCAGGAGACUGCUGCAGCAGGAUUUGGCACUGAUGGGAGUGCAGUGGAACCCAGAGUCUUUUCUUGAGACUGAUACAUCCUCUAUGAUCAGCAGUGAGUCAGAACUUGAAGACAGACUGCAUAGAUCAGAUGGAGAGGAGUCUGCUGAAUCUUCAAGGGUGUUAAACAAAAAAGAGUUUAGAGUUCAGCAUUGUAAUGGCCUUGGUUUGCAGACUGGAAACUUAUCAAAUAUUAAAAAGGGAUAUAAAAGACGGCUAAGCAGUAGCACAGAAAAUUCCAGGUGUGAGAAUGAAGUCCCAGGCAAGAAACAGGCUCGAGCAGAGGAAGGCAAGGGUGAUAUUGUGUACAGUGCUAAAAAACUGCCAAAUACAUGCACAGGUAAUGAAAACAGGGAAGGAAUUUCUGUAAUCAAAACCAAGAUAGAUUCCAGGACAGCCAUCCCAGAGCAUCUUACUGAACAAGGAAAGACACCAGCAUCGAGAACAAAGUCUUCAGCCUCUAGGUUGAUUAAAAGCACAGAUGUGCAUUUAAACCGCACUAGGAACAAAAAUACCUCUUUAAGACUGCGGAGGUCAGUUCUUGAAGGUUCAAAUAUACUUAGCAUAGACAUACAAAAUCCACCUGCUUUCCACCCCACCAUCUCUACAGAUAAUUUUUUUUCAAACCGAAAUAAUAAGGAAUUUAUGGAAACAGAUUCUUUAACUCAUGAAGUCUCAAAUUCUGUGCAGAUGGACAAAAUAAAUAUUGGGAGAAAAGAUAAAAUGGAAGCAUUUACAGAGCCCACCACCAGUAAUGAAGGCAUACCUAAGGGGAGAGCACGUUUGCAGGCAUCUGUUAUGUUGCAGGGUACUCCACACACCAGUGUGGAGACACAUAAUAUUAUAGGAAGUAGAGUCAUACCCGGUAGUGCUAGGACACAGAGAAAUGAAAAUAAUGAUUAUAAGCAGAAUAAAAUUAGUAGAACUCAAACAAAUGUGAGCUGUGCUGAGGCUAGGAUUGAUAGGCAGGAGAUGGCUUUAGACACAGGUCAUGGUAAUGUAACUGCGAGCUGCUCUGGAAGUGGACAUGUCCAUUGUGACAGCAGGAUACAGAAACCUGUUCAUUUUUGUCCUAGUGAGGAUAAAAUCUGCAAUAUUCAGAUUCAGAAUGGUGACAAACAUGGGAGUGAAAAGCCCAAUGGAAUAUUACAAGCUGGAACAUUGCAGAAAGGCAACAGUCAUCCCAAGGUUUUUCUGAAAGAGUUUCUAGGAAAAUACAGAGGUGUUUGCAAUGCAGAUGAUGUUCAGAAUGGUCCAACCUCUGAUAUGUUUUCUAACUCUAGAGACUUUGAAGACAGUUUCCAGUUGGAUACUCAAACUGAGAUGAUAAUAAAACAGGAGAUAGCAGCUGGAAUCACAGGACAGCAGGGAAUAGAAGGUUCGGAGCUGGCAGCAAUACCACGGCAGGAAAUCUCCAAAAACCUAAGCAGUUUAUGGACUGAGAAUGCUACUGAUGAAAGAGUGGCUGCAACAGCUAGGAAACUGAGCUUAUCAAGUCUUAUCACAAAAAAUAACAUUACCAAAAACAUAACUCAGCACUGUAGUAAUCAAGUUUUGGAGUCUGGAGCCCUUAAUUUACAACCCAUAGUGAAGGAAAUAGAAUCUGCACCUUGCCUUAAAGAAAGUGAUUUCUCAGUGACUGACUCACAGCUACACAGUUUUCUACAAGAUUACCAGACCCAAAAUUCUGUGAAAGGGGAGAAUGUGUCUAAAGACCUUAAUAAAGCAACCUCCCAUUUUGGAAGGGAACACAUUGUACAAAUAGAAUGCCAGCCUGUCCCUGAAGCAAGCCUAAAUAUGAGUGAUAGCUUGCUAUUUGAUGAUAGCUUCAGUAAUGUCACUGACCUUUCAGCUGUUUGCAUCAUGGAAGCUGACAAAAAGGACCCUGUGGAGAAACCAGAGGCUUUGCUUCCUCCAGAUGGUCUUUUGCAGAAUCUAAGACCUGUUCAGAAUAAAUUUGAUGUCGGUGGCAAACAAGAACACGAGAAUCCUGCACAGUGUAACAAUGUGUCUCUAGCACCCUCUGAUACAAUAGCUGAAGGUUUAGGUCAUGGAAACUCCCCAUCUUUUCUGAAAGAUCUUCCUGCUACCUUUCAGGGUCAGUCAGGAUUAAUAAACCCAGUGAUUUGUAACAAUGACCCCAGACCAAAGGAUUUAGUAGGAGAUCAAGGUGAAAAGCUCCAGAGAAGCCAGCAAACUUUAGAUAAGAAACCCCAUCCAGUGGAAUGGACUGACUGCUCAUUUGAACUAAGCCCAGGAUUGCAGGAUGUGUUAGACAAAUGGCCUAGUCCCUCAAGCAUUGAACCAGUUUCAGUAAGUUCCUGUUUGAAAGGAAAGUUAGUUUCUCCUACUGUUAAUCAAGAACCAGAUCUAGUUUUUGAAUCUGACUGUUGUAAGCCAGAGCCUUUGCCCACUUGCCAGGAUUUAAAAAGCUCUUUCAAGGUUAAAGAAAACAAAACAGAAAACUUACAUCUUCAGAAAACAGAUGUCAUAACACUUCAGCUCAAGGGAAGCAGCAGAGUGUCCUGUCCUCCAUCAGAUAAUAACAAUGGGUUUAUUCCUCCAACACCUCCCAAAGAGCUUUUUCCAAAGAGUUCUUUUUCUGUGAAAUCUGCAAGGAAGAGGCAAGUCAUUUGCAAGAAUGAAGGACAAAUGAUUCAGCCACAGCAGAAUAGUGAGGGCAAUGCAGGGCAGCAGGUAAAAACACUCCAGGUCAGUACUGGGAGUCUAGACCCAACUGAGACUGAUGAGAUAAAAGAUGAUUCUGCUAUAGACCAAGGCUUUUCACUGCAACUAUCUCAGGAUCCUCUUGUUCCCUUGAGUGCUGAAAGUUUCACUAUUAUUGAUGUAGCAAGCAACAAAGCACUUUUCCAGACUUUCGUUGCAGAAUGGAAGGAAAAAAGCAGAUUCUCCAUCUCAGUGGCAUGCGAAAGAACAAAAUGUCUUUUGUCUCCCAAAUCAACGAUUGGCGGCAAAUUCAAAAAAGGUCAGUUCCCUGUUCCAGUGCAGUAUUUUGUGAACAGUAGGGUGGCAGGAGUAGAGAAGGAAAGAGUUUGCAAAAGGGGGGGAAAUUACUGAUAUUACAGAUAUUACAGAAUCACAUGAUGUUUGGCAUUGGAAGGGUCCU